AUGACUACGCAUCAAAAGCCUGAUAUAUCUGCUCAAAACAGAUUCAUAUGUUCCAUUUGCUUGAAUAAAAGACCUGCAAAUGUAUUUAGAAACGAUGAAGUCAACAAACGUGUCGCAAAAUCCUGUCCUAUUUGUCAAUGUGGAGUUAUCCCAAUGCACACUGAUCUAUCAGAUACUGCAAAAGCAGAUAGUCGCGAUAAAUUUAAAACAAAGCAUGUACAAACAUCACAGUCAGAUAUUCCACAUAGCAUUACUUUACUUAAUGAAGUUUUAAACGCGUUCCAAACUAAAAAGAGUUUAGAUGCCAAAGCUAAAAUCCCCAUAACCAAAGAUGCAAGUGUUAAUACGAACGCAGUCAAACUUAUUAGAAAGACAAAUUUAUCGAUCAGCGAAACAUUUCAUUAUACAAUUGAAGGUAGUAAUAAAUAUAACGGUGAAAAGUUCACAAUCUUAAAUUUUGAACCACAAGUCGAAAAGAAGAUAUCGUUAUCCAAACAUAAAUCGUCGUCUAUCCCGCAAAUGAAAUUGGAAGAACUGAAACACUCUUUGAAAGAAAAAACUAAAUCCAAAGACGCAAUUGAAGAAGUCAAUCGAAUGUUCGCCACUGUCCGUAAAUUAGAUGACCGAAAUGAUUCUAAUAGACCGUUAAUUCGUAGUGGUCCCCGUAUAUUACCAGUUGUUAAAACUGAAAACUAUGAAGAGGCGGAUGCAAAAAUGCGCCAAGAUUACGAGAUGUCGAGUGGUGAUUCGGGAUUAAAAAUCAACACAAAACACAAUCGAAUCGACCGAUGUUGCAGAUCGGAAAGUUUACCGUUAUACAAGUACUAA